AUGGACGCUUCAAACGACGAUUUCAACGGGUUUGGAGAUGGUUUUGAUGGGUUCCCAAAGCGCCUCCCUGAAGACUGUGUCGAAUAUUCGAUAUUCAUUAUCGAUUCGAAACUUAACUCACAGAAAGAAUUACUCGCACGUUUGGAGGCAGUGCGCAAGGAAGCUUUGAAGCUUACCGACAGCUUGUUAAAGGAAUAUAUUUGGCAGCGUGAUGGCUUUCAGGUGGCAGUUGAAAGCGAGAAAGGCACGUCUUAUUUGCCCAUAUCCUCUAGAAUUCGUGCUGACUUGAAAAUAGGGUUGAUGUACCUUCAUGGCCUUACAAACUACGGGGAUUCGGUCGAAGACGAAUGGCUUAUUGUAUAUAUUCUCAGAGAGCUAAGCAAUAAAUUUCCCGAAUUAUGGAUCAAAGUUGUGGACACAGAUGGCGAGUUCUUGUUAAUUGAAGCUGCCAAUGCGUUGCCUCGAUGGCUGAAUCCCGAGAUUGCAGAGAACAGAGUCUGGAUUCAUGGCAAUAAACUCCGCAUAAUUCCACUCAGUGCAGUCACUCCUUCAUCCCAAGAGACGGCCCGAAUAUCCCGUCCUCUCACCCGCGAGGAAGCCCUCAAGACCCUUUCUUCGAAUCCCGGUAUUCUCAUACAUUCGCCACUCAUUGAAGCAGAAGCAUUCUACCGACUCCGAAACUACCCUACUCAGAUUAAAGCUUCUUUACACCAUGCAGUUAUUGUUAUUCCCAGGAAACUAGCCUAUAUAUUGCAUGACCGUCCCUCCUCCAUCGCCCCAGCUACAGAAGCUUUCUACCUCCGCGAUCCUAUUGCGAUGAAGCCACUUCAAUCUAAAUCUUCCAAACUUAUAUUCCCUCCCGAAGACCUUGUGGGGGUUUCUGUACGUUUCACGAAGGUCCUAUAUGCGCAACUGAAAUCACAACAGUUUUCUCCCCCGACUGUAUGGAGAGAGAAGCUAGCCCAUUCCGAAAACGAGGCUUUAUCCAAUGGGCCCAAGCAAAUGCAACACAAUCGGCUCGAAUUAGGAAUGAAAGUUACCUGCGGCUUUGAGAUGCUGCUCUCGGAUCCCAAGAACGGAGAUAAUCGCACAGUAAGAGAGGUGAAGAUUAUCCUUGAAGACCUAGAAAGUGGCGACGUAUAUUUACCAUCCGAUUCCGACAUUGCUGCAUGGAAGGAUGCGGCCAAGGAUGAUGAUGAGUCCUGGCUAGAUAUCAAUUUCGAAGAUUUUGAGAGAGAGUUGCAAGGAAAUUCUAAGGAAAAGCAAAAGUCUGGUGUUCCUGGUGCAUUUGGUCCAGAGGCCCCUCCAGGAUUUGGUGAUGCAAAAACGCAAGCGGAUCUGAAGAAGAUGGUCGAGCGAUUUGAGGCCUUCUUGAAUGACGAUGAUGCUGGUCUCGAUGGCGCGGAAAUGGACGAAAUGGACGUUGAUGACGACGAAGAGGAUAGCGAUGAUAGCGAGGAUGAAGAUAAGGACGUGAGCUUCGAUGAGAACGAGUUUGCAAAAAUGAUGCGGGAGAUGAUGGGCAUGCCAUCAGAGGAAGACAACGAAACAAAACGCAAGCCGGAGAGUUCAACUGCAAAUCUUGGCAAGAAUAGGAUUGAGGAAAUUGCCUCCGACGAUGAAGAUGAGGACGGGGAUGAAGCCAGCCAGAUUCAAAAAGUUAUGCAGAGAAUGGAGGCUGAGCUAAACGAAGCCGGCGCAUUAAAUUUGGAUUCAAACCCCAGUAAGCUUGCGGCCCUCAGUGGCAAAUCUGCCAAAGAAACAGAUUCGACCGCCAAGGACAAAUGGGAAGACGAAAGUGAUGAUGAAGACGUCAACAUAGAUUUCAAUUUGGCUAAGAACCUCCUGGAAAGCUUCAAGAGUCAAGCGGGGAUGCCGGGACCAGGAGGCAAUAUAAUGGGGAUGAUGGGAAUGCAUUUACCAAGGGAUGAGGAUGAUGAAAGCAUAUCAAAGAGGUCGUGA